GCAGGGCAUCUUUGUGGUCCUUUAUAAGUGAGGAGGCUGCGCCUGGCGUGCUGAGCGCCAGGCGCUGUGGCUGAAGGAGCACCUGAAGCCGGGCGGCUCGUCCUUUGUGCCCGGAGCGGUGGGAAUGCAUCCGCGUUAAGGAGCCAGCUCCAGUAUGGGGUCCAAAUCUACCUGGGCCUCAGGCCUCCUGGUGCUGUGGCUGCUGAUCCUAGUGACUGGGGAUCAGGACAAACAGGAUACCACCACAGAAAAGGGGCUUCACAUGCUGAAGCUGGGGCCCAGACCCGUGCGCGCUGCCCUGGCAGAGCUGGUGGCCCUGCCCUGCCUCUUUACCCUGCAGCCAUGGCCAGGCACCCUUCGAGACAUUCCUCGGAUCAAGUGGACCAAGGUUCGGACUGCAUCAGGUCAGCGACAGGAUUUGCCCAUCUUAGUGGCCAAAGACAAUGUGGUGCGUGUGGCCAAGGGCUGGCAGGGACGGGUGUCAUUGCCAGCUUACCCUCGGCACAGAGCCAAUGCCACGCUUCUGCUGGGGCCGCUGCGGGCCAGCGACUCCGGGCUGUACCGCUGCCAGGUGGUGAGAGGUAUCGAAGAUGAGCAGGACCUGGUGACCCUGGAAGUGACAGGCGUGGUGUUCCACUACCGGGCGGCGCGGGACCGCUACGCGCUGACCUUCGCCGACGCCCAGGAGGCCUGCCGCCUGAGCUCCGCCACCAUCGCCGCCCCCCGGCACCUGCAGGCUGCCUUCGAGGACGGCUUUGACAACUGUGACGCUGGCUGGCUCUCGGACCGCACGGUUCGAUACCCCAUCACGCAGUCGCGUCCUGGUUGCUAUGGUGACCGCAGCAGUCUGCCCGGGGUUCGGAGCUACGGGAGACGCGACCCGCAGGAACUCUACGACGUCUACUGCUUUGCCCGCGAGCUGGGGGGCGAAGUCUUCUACGUGGGCCCCGCUCGCCGACUGACCCUGGCGGGGGCGCGGGCGCAGUGCCAGCGGCAGGGUGCGGAGCUGGCCUCGGUGGGGCAGCUGCACCUGGCCUGGCACGAGGGCCUGGACCAGUGCGACCCGGGCUGGCUGGCGGACGGCAGCGUGCGCUACCCGAUCCAGACGCCCCGCCGGCGGUGCGGAGGCCCCGCCCCGGGUGUGCGCACAGUCUACCGCUUCGCCAACCGCACCGGCUUCCCCGCGCCCGGAGCGCGCUUCGACGCCUACUGUUUCCGAGCUCAUCACCUCACACCACAACACGGAGACCCCGAGACCCCUGCUUCUGGAGAUGAGGGGGAGAUUGUGUCAGCAGAGGGGCCCCCAGCCCGAGAGCUAGCGCCCAGCCUGGGGGAGCAGGAGGUGGUGGCACCUGACUUCCAGGAACCUCUUCUGUCCAGUGGAGAAGGUGAACCCCUGGGCUUGACAUGGACCCAGGGGUCUCAGGAGAGCCUCAGCUCUGCCCCAGGAGGCCCCACACUGGCUUCCUGGCCCUCUUCAGAAAAGUGGCUGCUUCCAGGGGCCUCAGGCUCCACAGCUGUCCCCAGCAGUAUGGCAGUGGAAAUGGAGGACGCAACACCCUCUGGCACACAGGUCGCCCCCGCUCCCACGACAAGGAGGGGCCGCUUCAAAGGCCUGAAUGGUCGGCACUUCCAGCAGCAGGGCCCAGGUGGCCAGCAGCCUGAGACAGCAGAGGCCAGCCCCCAGCCUCCCACCCCGGAAGUUCCCGUUGAGCACACGGGGCCUUCGGCAGCCACAGAGGCCUCAGACAGUGGCCGCAACAGCAGUGCCUGGGUCAUUCUGACCAACGAAGUGGAUGAGCCAGGGGCAGGUUCUCCUGGCAGCAGGGGUGCCCCAGAGUCCCGGAUGUGGUCCCCAUCUUUGAUCUCGCCCAGUGGCCCAAGCACUGACAGUACCCCUGGCCCACCAGGGGCAGCCGAGGAGGCCCUCAGUGUGAAAUCAACCACCCAGCACCUGCCCUGGUCGCCCUCAGAGCCCGCUGUCUCUCCCUCCAGUUCCUCAGAGGCCCUGAGUGCUGUGUCCCCUGAUGACAGCUCCCCAGACUUCCCCAUUGUAGCCAUGCUUCGUGCCCCCAAACUGUGGCCUCCAGAACGCUCCACACUUGUCCCCAGUGUGGCCCCCAUUAUGCCCUCCCCAGCUUCCCCACUCCCCUCCUGGGGCCUGGAAGAAGAGAAUGAAGACAUCACCACUGCCAGGCCUGCCAGCCUUGGAGCAGGAGGUUCCACUAUGGCUGUCCCAGUUGAAGCCAGCCACAGAUCCCUUGCUGCAGAUUCUAGAGAAACUGGGGGGAUCAGCUCUACCCAGGCUACAGAGCACCCCAGUUCUGGCCCAUGGAUGUCCAUGGACUCCAGUAAUGUGACAGUGAAUCCUGUUGCCUCUGAUGCUGGCAUCACUGGGACUGAAUCUGGAGCCUGGGACUUAUCAGGGAGUCCCAUAUCCAGUGGACAGGCCACUGUGGACAAGAUGCUGGCCACCUGGCUACCACUGCCCAGCCAAGGACUGGACUCAGGUUCCCAGUCCGCAUCCUUGGAAGGCCAUGGAGUCACCAUGAGUGUGGAACCUACAGUGGCUUUGGAGGGAGGUGCCACCGAGGGGCCUAUGAAGGCCACCUUGAAGCUGGUCCCCAGCGGGGCUGAUGCCACUUGGGGAUCUGAACCUAAAAGUUUCAUUUCUAGCACACAUGUGGCUGUGACUAUGCCUGAGGCCCAGAGCAUGCCCACACUGACCUCCAAAAGCUCCAGAGACCACACACAGCCAGAGGACCACAUAGUGACCCAGGGGUCAGCAGGGCCUCUCAUCAGUCUGCCUUCUCAUCCUUGGUCAUCUCUGGCCUCAAGCAUGAAUGAAGUGGCCUCAGUUUCCUCAGGGGAGCCCACAAGUCCGUGGGAUGCCUCCAGCACGCUGAUACCUGUGUCCUUGGGCUUGGAUGAAUCAGACCUGAAUGUUGUGGCUGGGAGUCCAGGCUUGGAGGGCUUCUGGGAAGAGGUGGCCAGCGGACAGGAGGACCCUACAGAUCCCUGCGAGAACAACCCCUGCCUGCACGGGGGCACCUGUCGCGCCAACGGCACCAUGUACGGCUGUAGCUGUGACCAGGGCUACGCUGGGGAGAACUGUGAGAUCGACAUCGACGACUGCGUGUGCAGCCCUUGCGAGAAUGGAGGCACCUGCAUCGAUGAGGUGAACGGUUUCAUCUGCCUCUGCCUGCCCAGCUAUGGGGGCAGCCUGUGUGAGAAGGACACGGAAGGCUGCGACCGUGGCUGGCACAAGUUCCAGGGCCAUUGCUACCGCUACUUUGCCCACCGGCGGGCCUGGGAAGAUGCCGAGAGAGACUGCAGGCGCCGGGCCGGCCACCUGACGAGUGUCCACUCGCCAGAGGAGCACAAGUUCAUUAACGGUUUUGGACAUGAGAAUUCUUGGAUCGGCCUAAAUGACAGGACAGUAGAGAGAGACUUCCAGUGGACAGACAACACAGGACUGCAAUAUGAGAACUGGAGGGAGAAGCAGCCGGAUAAUUUCUUCGCGGGUGGAGAGGACUGUGUGGUGAUGGUGGCUCACGAGAGCGGGCGCUGGAAUGACGUCCCCUGCAACUACAACCUCCCCUAUGUCUGCAAGAAGGGCACAGUGCUGUGCGGUCCCCCUCCAGCAGUGGAGAACGCCUCCCUGGUCGGGGUGCGCAAAGCCAAGUACAAUGUCCACGCCACCGUGCGAUACCAGUGUGACGAAGGGUUCUCCCAGCACCACGUGGCCACUAUCCGCUGCCGGAACAACGGGAAGUGGGACAGGCCCCAGAUUGUCUGCACCAAACCCAGGCGGUCACACAGGAUGCGCAGACACCACCACCACCAGCACCGGCACCACAAAUCCCACAAGGAACACAGGAAACACAAGAGGCACCCGGCGGAAGAUUGGGAGAAGGACGGGGAGGACCUCUGCUGAAGAUCCGGGCUAAGCAAGCACACACUCCCACGCUCCUCCAGAACUCAGACAGCCUUGAGAGAGCGGGUGGGGAUACCCCUGAGCCCCAUACCCUUGUGGUCCUCUGUACAAAGCUCAGAUCACCCGCCUUCCCUACUGAGGUCCUUCUGGCAGGGAGGCUACUCUGGUCUGGCUGAACCCCUAGGAUCAAUUCCCAGCCACUGAAAAGGGGUCCUAAAGUCUGCUUACUAGGUGUCCACGGGGGGCAACAGCUUGUCUGUAUGUUCUGAGGAGUGACUUUCACAGCAGAGAUUCAGGCUUAGUAAACAGUGGCCCACCCUGAAUGCAGGGUGCCGCUUUGGCUCAAGGUCACUGACUUCAGAGCGGAGGCCCAGCAGUGUGGACAUGAACUGCACUGUAGUCCCAUGCCCGCAAGGGUGGUCUUCCAUCUCUCUGGCUUUCUUUUUUCUCUCUUCUUCCUUCUCCCUGUCCCCCACCCCAUAGACUAGGCUGGUCUUGAACUCACUAUUGUAGCUAAGGCUGAUUCUCCUACGUGUGCAUCACCAUGCCUGCCUGGUUCAUUUGGUGCUGGACACGGAACCCAGGGCCUGUGCGUAUAGGCAAGUGCUCUCCACUAACUAAGCCCAGCCUGGUCUUUGGUCGUGGUGCAUAAAUCUAGUGUGGAAUUUUUGUAUACUGAAUUUUAGUGAUGUCUCUUAGAGCCGGGCUUCCUUGCUUCUGCAGGGAGGCUACCUGGAGCAGUGGGGGCAGGGAGGUUCGUGCUGCUCAUUUCCCCUGGGUCUGGAGCCGUGCUAACAUAUGCCGGCUAGAUUUGAGACAGGGCGUCACUGUGCAGCCCUGGCUGGCCUGGAACUUAUCGCUCUGCCUGCCCCAGCCUCCGUGCUGGGAUCACUAUGUUCAGCCUUCUUUUGGUUUAUUGACAUAGGCUCUCACUCUGUAACCCAGGCUGCAUUUCAGCCCACGGCAAUCCUCCUUUCUCAGCCAGAGUGCUGGGAUGACAGGCAUGCACCAUCACGUGUGGCAACUUUGUGGGUUUGUGAUGACAGAUCUCUCACACCCAUGUGUGUGUGUGUGUGUGUGGAAAUGAGAUCACUGCAGUAGACAGAGGCUGCUGCAUCCCUCCCCCUCCAUCUCUCAGGGAGACACACAACCUCCUGCCUGAACCUAGAUGGUGCCACGUUUUCUAGCCCUGAGCCUGUCUUUACUAAACCCCUCCAGCAGACCUCAGUAAAUCCCCUGCCUCAGGUCCCACCGUCACCCCGUUCCUGUCUCCAAACCCUGCCUGGCCCACUGGAAAUGCUUACAACUUGAAGGGACGCCUCUUCGCUGUCCUGUAGAGACAAGUGGUCUUAGAAGCAAGAAUACAUACACCUUAUUUCACAUUUUAAAAACUGUGACGGAAUCCACCUUUUGCUCCUUCUUUCCAUUUUCACCCGAGAAAAGACUCCUCCAAGCCGAGGACGGGGUCAGACCUUUGUCUCCUGAGCUCGUGUCCCCUUUCAGCCCCUCCAGUCUGGGUAGAAUCUGUGUGUUGGAACCCAAGUUCGGGGCCUGAGCACAGCCCUGUGGGUAAAGAUGCUAGCUGCAUAAGCCUGAAGAAGCCACAUUAAUCCCUGGAACUCAUGCUUUAAAAAAGAAAAGCCGUGGGCGGGGUGGGGGGGUGAAUCUGUAAUCCCAGCACUCUUAUUGUGAAAGAGGAUGUAGGGACAGGGAGCUUGUGAGCCGGCUAGCCCGGGGGAUGAGGCCUAGGAUGGCACCCAGCAGAAACACCUGGAAGGCCAGACCAGCUCCUAAAGGGAACCAUCCAACCACCACAUGCAGCACGGGCGAAAACCCCCACCACCACCACGCACAAUCCUUACCACCACAUGCACACACACACUCGCACAAGCACAAAAUAAAUAAGUAAAAAUUUCAGGAAGUGUGGGAGCUAGUGGGGCGGGGCGGCUCAGGGAUGAGUGCUUGGCAGACCUGCGCAGGUCCUGGGCACCAUGCCCAGCUCUUCCCAAGCGAAUGCAUGGCCUACCUAAGGGAUCAGUACAGACAGAACUGUUUACUGAGCCUGCGUCCCUCUCAGGAGGUAAUGAAAGCCUGGGGCAGUGACCGAGUAGAAACCUCCACCUAAGGCCUUGGGAGAUGCCCCUGAGUCCCCUCAUCAGCCUUGGUGGCCUGUAGUCUCCCGUUUUACACAUGAUGAUAAGAGAAAGACAAAAUUGCAGACAGUGCUAGAGGAAGGAUUUUGUUCUGCACGUUGUAACUGCCGUAAGGUUGUUGUGUCUUGUUUUUUCAGACAGAGCCUCAUAUAUCACAGGCUGGCCUCGAAUUCACUGUGUAGCUGAGGAUAGCCGUAAACUCCUGAUCCUUCUGCCUCAGUUUCCCCAAGUGCUGGAAUGCACUACUAUGAAUGGUGUAUAUGGUGCUGAAUGGAGCCCAGAGCUUUGUUGCACUAAGCUCUCUGUCAGCUGAACUCUAAGCACUCUACCAACUGAGUUCCAAGCACUCUGUCAACUGAGCUCCAAGUAUUCUGUCAACUGAGCUCCAUUCCCAAACCCUGGUCUUGAUUUGUGCUCCCAAUUUUUCCUUUAUGUAUGAAGGAGGAGAUUGAAACCUCUUACCUGCUGUCACACUCUCUCUUCUCUCUCUCUGUCUCUCAUACAUACACACACACACACACACACACACACACACACACACACACACACGGAGCAAGUGUGGAAAACGGUCAAGAACAGCAAACUGGACCCUGAUCCCUAAUGGUCCCUGCUGUAUCCAGCACUGUCAGGCCUCUGGCUGUGGCUGGGGACACGGUUGUCCUCCCUGCUGGGGGCUCAGUGGCUGCUCCCUGGCCCCGCCCUACCUGCUCCGUGAAGUGGGCGUUGGGCUCUUCUGGAGGGAAGCUCAUCUCCAGCUCCUCCCCUCUGUGGUGUGUUCUGCUUGGGCCACUCAGAUGAGAAGAGCAGGAGCGCGAACAGCUCCGGGCUCUGCUGGGUUUCUCCUGGGAGCGUUGCUGUGCUGUGCUGUGGUAUCUGACACUGUGGACGUUAAUAAACUUCUUGGACAUUUGAAUAAAUUUUUUAACAGUUCAA